UCGAAAAUGGCCCGUACCAAGCAAACCGCUCGCAAAUCGACUGGUGGCAAGGCGCCACGCAAGCAACUGGCUACUAAGGCCGCUCGCAAGAGCGCCCCCGCCACCGGAGGCGUGAAGAAGCCUCAUCGGUACCGCCCUGGAACUGUUGCCCUGCGUGAGAUCCGUCGAUACCAGAAGAGUACCGAGCUGCUGAUCCGCAAGCUGCCUUUCCAGCGUCUGGUGCGUGAAAUCGCUCAGGACUUCAAGACUGACCUGCGAUUCCAGAGCUCGGCGGUGAUGGCUCUGCAGGAAGCUAGCGAGGCCUAUCUAGUAGGCCUCUUUGAAGAUACCAACUUGUGUGCCAUUCACGCCAAGCGUGUCACCAUCAUGCCCAAGGACAUCCAGUUGGCCCGUCGCAUUCGCGGCGAGCGUGCUUAGUCGAAAAUGGCCCGUACCAAGCAAACCGCUCGCAAAUCGACUGGUGGCAAGGCGCCACGCAAGCAACUGGCUACUAAGGCCGCUCGCAAGAGCGCCCCCGCCACCGGAGGCGUGAAGAAGCCUCAUCGGUACCGCCCUGGAACUGUUGCCCUGCGUGAGAUCCGUCGAUACCAGAAGAGUACCGAGCUGCUGAUCCGCAAGCUGCCUUUCCAGCGUCUGGUGCGUGAAAUCGCUCAGGACUUCAAGACUGACCUGCGAUUCCAGAGCUCGGCGGUGAUGGCUCUGCAGGAAGCUAGCGAGGCCUAUCUAGUAGGCCUCUUUGAAGAUACCAACUUGUGUGCCAUUCACGCCAAGCGUGUCACCAUCAUGCCCAAGGACAUCCAGUUGGCCCGUCGCAUUCGCGGCGAGCGUGCUUAG